CCGAGGGGCGGGUCGCCACUUCCGCUUAUGCGCUACUAUGUCGGAGGCCGGCGAGAAGGUAGAGCCGCUGCCGGUUGCGGCGGCUCCCGGCUUUUCGCCUGAGGAGGGAGGCCGAGGGGAAGGUGGGGAAGAAACCUCGGAAAAUGGAGGUGGAGGAGGAGGAGUUGCGGUAGGGAUGCUCGACGCGACUCCCCCCGCGGCUCUUUCCCCGGUGGCCGAAGAACCUGCAGGAGACACGAAGAAGAAAAUUGAUGUGUUGCUCAAAGCUGUUGGAGAUACUCCUAUAAUGAAGACCAAAAAAUGGACUGUAGAAAGAACUCGAACAAUACAAAGCCUAAUUGACUUCAUCAAAAAAUUUCUCAAACUUUUGGCCUCUGAACAGCUGUUUAUUUAUGUGAAUCAGUCCUUUGCUCCUUCACCAGAUCAGGAGGUUGGAACACUAUAUGAGUGUUUUGGAAGUGAUGGCAAACUUGUGUUGCAUUAUUGUAAAUCUCAGGCCUGGGGAUGAAUUAAUGGCUACAGUUGCUUAAGACUAUUAGACGGUGGAUGGGCUACAAUAAUCUUCAGAGACAUUCCCCGUGGACAAAUGGAAGAAAUGUCUGCACUGUUGCUAUGGAAUUUUCUUUAUUUUUUCUUCUCUUUUCUCUGCAUGUCAGCAUAGGAGAACACUCAUACUGAGGAAUAUGUAUAGUUCAAUUUCUUUUAUGACUAUCUUGCAGAAAUUAUUGUACCAUCUUUACAGCUGAACUUAGCUUUUAUUGUUCCAAGAUUGGACAUGUCUGUUCCUGGGAAACAGGCUCAUGCCUGGCUUGGAGAGUACAUUUCACCAGGCUUUGUGGAGUUUACAGUCUUGCUCUUUGAAGGAGCUUUAUUGUACAUGGAGAGCUUGAAGUAUCUGCAUCUGAGAUAAAUGGAUGUAUUUUCUAUUUGGUUUUGUCUGUGAUUCUUUAUUGGAAAUGCAGCAGUUGGAUUUAGCUUUGUUUUUUGUUUUUGUUUUUUAAUUUUUUGAGCCCACAGGGAGUUUGAGACAAUAUUUCCCCAUUAGUUGCUUUUUCCCAUGAAAUAUACAAUGAAUGUAUAUGUGAAAUUGAGAAUAGCCAAGUGCUUAAGAUUUUUCAUACAUAUAUAACAUUCUAUUUUGAGGUAAGUAAAAUAAUGCAAAGAGCAGAAAGAAGUGAGAAGUAGUGAGCAAAAAAAAAAAUUAAAGACAAGGGUUUACAAAAAAAAAAUCGAUCAAAUCUAGUUUAUAUCAGUACUAUUCACAAUACUUCUCUUUCUUUGGAAACCAUCUCUGUUUCCAUCUCCUCUAUAUACAGCUUCAUACGUUGCCUUUUGUUCCUUAAACUUUUUGAGACUCUGGACUUCAUCUUCUAACCAAGUCUUUCUUGGUCUUCCCUUCCCUUUCAACCUAUUCAUUCUUCUUUCAUAUAUUUGUUUUUUAAUUCAAUCCUUGUUCAUGCUACAGGAUGGUACUUCUUUCAUACUGUGCAUUCAGUCCACAUACAUCACUCAUUUAUUCUUGACCAUUUUCUGUUUUUACCACACCUGCUUCUUAAGUGAUGCAUUCCUACUGCAUUCAGCUUUUUUAUGUUUCUCCUAACAUAGCCAAUUCACUUCUACGUAACAAAGUGGCCAGGAGAAUGCUCCUAUGUACAGCCACUUUCAUUUCUUUGGAUGUCCAAUACACAUACUACAUACCAUCAUUCUGCCAGCAUGUACACAUCUUAAAAUUUCUCCACUUUUCCAUCUAUAGAAAACAUUUUAUCAAGUUAUAUAAAAUAAUCUACUUGCUCUGAUUUUUCAAUAUUUAAAAUAUUUCACACCAGUUUCCAUACUUGCUGUCUUGUUAAUACAUUAAUUUUCAGACCUAUGCUCGUUGCAUCAUACCAUCUAAUAGUUGCUGCAAAUCAUUCAAGUUCUCAGCCAAGUACACAUGCAUUCAAGCCCUAAUUAACCCAUCUCCAGUGUUACCACAAAGAUUCCUUAUUAAUUUAUUCAUAAAUGAACAACCAAGUAAGCAUCACACAUCCUUUUCUUCUUGUUCAGUGGUGAGUCAUUGUAUUUAAAAGAUUUAUUAAUGUCAGUACCAAAUGACUCAAGGUGAUUUGUGUAUCCUUUAUCAUAUAUGUACUGCUAUUGUAUUCAGUUGCAAAACAUGUAUCUGAAGUCUAUCACAUAUUUUCUCUAAAACAUGCAGUAUAUGUUCUUAUAUAUAUUUCUCAGAUAACUGCUGAUUAGCAAAACUCUGGUCUACACAUCCUCUACCAUCAUAAAGCUGCACUGCAAUUUACAAA